UGUAUAAAUCUAUAAUUAGUUAACCUAAAUGUCGUUUUUUAUUAUAUGAAAUUGAUAAUAAAUAUUGUGCACUUGGUUGACUUCAGAUAUUUCUGUAUCAAUUAAUAUGUUGGGCUUCUACAGUUAGAGGCUGAAGACUCAGCAAGUAAAGAUUCUCGUAUUCUCCAAUUACUAAUAGGCUAGGCUAGCUUAUCUGACUACAUCAAUUGAUAUGUAAGAGGCUUCGGCCAAAUCAGCCGAGAAAGGAGAACGUUACCCAGCACAUUCUCGGCGAUGAACCACAGAAGCGCGGCUACUCAAUGCCAACUGGUCGUCUUGAAGAUGCUACGUACACCUAGGUACGAAUGAGUCGGAAUGACAUACAAAAUCCAGCAUGUCGACUAUGCCCUCUUUGCUAUGACAGGUGGAGACCGUCGUAUCAUGUACUUUUUACCAUCUCCUCAAAUUGUUAUAUAAGGCACAUGGUGCACCCGUUUCUGCAGCUCAUGAUCAGCUUGCAUCAACAUAAUACGGCGGACAUGAAUAUCCCCAUCCGUAGGGUCAUUACAGCACAUGAUCCCAAGGGAAUAGCAUACUUUGCCUCGGAUGAUAUCCUAACGCCGUACGAUCCAACAACCGCGCCUGACUUCCUAGCACCAACCCCCGAAUCUAGCUUCGGAGUCAUCCAAAUUCAUCGCUCGCGUACUUUCCCGGUGAAUAACCAACGGCCUUUGACCUCAGAGCCGAAUAGAACACUGGUCCCGCUGGCUGACACAAAGGGUCCUUCUUGUCGCAUUAUUGACCUGCCGCCAGCGGAGUCUGGGUGGAUGCACCGCACUCUCAGCCUCGACUAUGCCGUCAUUCUCAGCGGCACGGCAGGUUUCAUUACCGAUGGAGGCGAGGAGAAGAUCUUGAAGGAGCAUGAUGUCAUUGUAUGUAGAGGGACAAACCAUGAGUGGGUCAAUCGUGGCGAAGGACUUGCUCGAAUUUUUGUCGUGGUCAUUCCUAGUUUGCCUGUUGUCACAGAAGAUGGUACGGUACUAGAGAAGACACAGGCGGGAGAGAUAUUCGAUCCGAAGGAAGAGGAUGACUGAUGGAUUCUGACCUGUUGCGAGACGGAUGCUGCAAUGGAGUACCCAUGGCAUAAUGUCAUUACAAAGCUCAAUAUCAAUUGAUCUAUCGGACCCCGGAUAUUACACUAUACGAGCACAACCUUCUCAGCCAUCCACAAAGCAAAGGCUUUCUAUGUAUAUUGAUCCUCUAUGCCAAGGUAGUAGUACUCCCG